AUGGAUGCCAAUGAUCCGCUUGUUCAGGCCCUGCCACCGGCCACCGACUAUUUGACCUAUCUCACUCUACUUGAAUACCAGUUGACUCCCGAGCGUCUACCAUUAUUGCACCAGCUCCUGCAAGAUGAACGUCUCACCACCAACAUCGGUUGGGACCUCGUCAAGCUGCUUCUCCCUAUGCUGCCCGCAUCUACCGAAUGUCUUCAUGAUGUCGCCCGACUCGGUAACCCAAGAGAGGUGAUUCUCCGCGUGGCGGAAGCUCUCGAACAUCUUCAACCGGAGGAUGGCGACGACGAAUUCGCCGAGGAGAACAGCGAUGCGGGCAAGUCUCUUCCGUCGCACAUUCUCCAGUUCAAUUGCCUCCUCGCCAUGCUGUCGGCCGCAUUGGAAGCCUACGAGACCAUGCCCUCCGACGAGACCACCCUAGCCCUGCUCGAGUUCCUUCGCGACGUAUCUCCCAGCAAACGACCUGCCCCGCCUCCACGAACCCAGAGUCAAUCAAGCGUGCUACGAGUCGACGCUGCCUCAGCUCCAGACCCGGAGGCCGAAAUCCAUUCUCCAUCCCCCGAAGCAGAUAACGAAACACAGCUCGUGCGGAAAUUCAUCCAAUUCGGUCUGAUCGAGCUACUCAAAGCGUAUCUCUUGAGCUUUUCCGGCCCUCUGGACCCUGGAUUGUCUUGGACUGUUCGCAUUCAGGAGCAACUGAACCCGAACCUGCGUUUACCCGAGCAGUCACAGCUGGAGGCGUACACUAGCAACAAGGACCUUAAGGAACGAGACAUGAUUAUGGGGAAAAUUGUGGCGCUUUCACGGGAUGUUGGAAUCGAGAACAACGAUCUUUUGUCGAUUGUUUCACGAUCGGCAGAAGACCAGCCACCCCCACUUGACUUCGAAGAGGCGGGCGCCCACGUUUUCGCAUCCGGACAACCAAUUCCGCCGCUACCUGUCUUCCCUGACCUCGCCAACAUAUUUUCCAACUUUGUUGGGGGCCAGGAUAGCCUCGAUGAGGUGGCCUUUGGUCAGCCACAAGCUCUGCUUGAUUCGUUACUGGCCCUGACCGUUCACUCAACGACGCAAGAAAUCCCGUCCCCAUCCAGUGAAACUGAAUUCAAAGACUUCGCCAUAUUACUGACGGCUUGCACCGCACGCCAAAGCCACGGAAUUGUUCGCCAAAUUCCAAAUGCAGUUGUACACAGCCAUCCAUCACAAAUCACCCGAUUCAAGCUCAUCCGAUCAGUCUUGGAGAAUGACCGCCUAAACUCGGCCCGAGACAGCGCCAUCACCUGGCUAAGGAAUGAGCUUCUUGAUGCGCCACCCGAAUCAACAGAGUCCAUAUUCCGUGAUCCACUGUACUUCUGGACCUUGUUCCCCCUGCUCUUCCGCACUGUCAAGACAGCUUCGGCAACCCCGGAUCUUGUCCAGAACUGGACCCGCCUCACCCAGACUGAUGGCCCAGCCCUUCACUCCGCAUUGAACCUCUACUACCUACUCCUCUCCUCGACAUCCCUCCGAGGUCACCUGCACCUCGAAAAGACCGCAAAUUUCUUCCGCAGUCAGGUUCUGAAACCCCUGCGCGAGAUAUUCCGAUCUUUCGAGUCUGACCUCCCUUCCAAAGGAGGCGACGGGCUUAUCGAGGCUGCGGUUGGCGAAGAAAUGUGCCAGGUUGGCAACGACAGAUCUGUUGGUCUGAUCGGGCUUAUUCUCGACCAAAUAGAGGACAUUGUUAACGAGUCAUUUGGUACUGAUGAGGCCGACCUCAAAGAUUACUCGGAGACGGAGGAAACGAGACUCAGGGAGAUACGCAAAGACACGGAAAGCUGGAACUAG